AGUCUAUAAUUAAUUACCACGACGCUAAUGUUUAUUGUUUAAGUGUUGUUACAAAGUGAAACAAUGUCAAUCAAUAGUUAUAUUGCUAAAAUUUCCGUGGAAAAACAUGACAGCAAAGAUCAGUUUUUGUAUGAUCUGGAUAAAACUAAAUCUUUGUGUGAAAUUAUCCACGAUAUCUGUAAAAUAUGCGGAAUGCCAAUAUCAUCAGUAUACGGGUUGAAGAUGAUCCACACAAACGUCAACGACCCCACAGUAGACACCUACGUCUCGGAUCAAACUUACAAGAACAUUAAACAUAAUGAUUGCCUAAAAAUUGUGUUUUCCAUAGAGUAUAUAUUAAAAAGCAUAAUAUUUCCACAUAUUAAUGGCACCAGAGAUGAACCACAGAGAGAAAUUGCUUACGAUCAUUUAAAGAAACUAGCCCACGAUUCGGUUUUCAUCGAUGAAUUAGUGGCUAAACAAAAGCAUCUUGAAAUAGUGAAAACUUUUACCACAGAUAAAACUCUCAAAGACGAAGAGCUUUUGGCUCUACUUAUAACAAUUUGUCACUUAUUCCUUAAAGGAUACCAUGACAAUAUGUCUUCAGAUUUACUACAGAGAACUAUAGAUAUUGUUAGAAACCAAUCGAAUGAUGUGGACAAUGUGCAAUAUGCUUUAGCAAUUUUGCAUAAAAUACUGAUUAAUAGAAAUAUCGAGUUUAUAGCAUGGAAAGAAAAAAUCAUUAGAGAGAUCCCUAUAACAUGUCUCGUCCCCUAUAUCCGAAGGGAUGAUGGUAGGAAAUUACAAUACGGAGUAUUAUUACUUAUAAACACUAUCAUAAGGUUGUGUAAGGGAGAUCAAAAGAGACACCUGAUCAAGGAAAUGAAUUAUACCAAAAAUAGGGAAGAUAUUUAUAAGUAUAUUAUUGAAGAGGGAGAUAUGGAUAAAAAGAUGGAACACGAACUUUAUGUUAUACAGACCUAUAUUUUAAGUUUGUAUAAUGAAGCAUUAAACAGUGAAGUGAGUUUGAACGAUAACAAUGUAUUUAAAAGAGAAGAGUUCGAAUUACCCGAAGAUGACAUAAAAAGAUUAACAUUAUUAUUAGAUUUUGAUGAAGUUCGAAGUUCCAGAAAUAAUUCUAUCGAAAACUUGCUCACCUAUCAACAAGCAGAAAGAUUUUCCCUGGCAUCUGUAGUCAGCGAUAGAAGUGUAGACUCUAGAAAAUCGUCAACAGUAUGUUCACCAAAAAUGCGACACACAAGUUUUAACAUUGAUUACGAAAACCUAACAAUCAAUUACCUUACCUUAGAAGCAUUGAGACAUUAUAAAGACAAUCACAAGAAGAAUUACUGCCAAUCACAAAUUGAAGAAAGAGUUUAUGAACCCGGAAUAUUUGUUACCAGUGAAAAAGUAGUAAAAAUGUUGGCCAAAAUAUUAGAUAUAGGCUUAGACCCACCUGAUUCUAAAAAGAUAUUCUAUCAGCCAAUCGUCUUCAAUUCUUCAGCUAAAAAUUCAUUUUUCCUGGAGCUCUUCUCUAGAACUAUGUGGUUGUUGUCCAGAACUAGGCGAGAAAUGAAAGUAUCAACAAUUGAAGAUUAUCCAAAAUUGAUGAGGGCGUUAAAGAAGCAAGUCAAAAUGGUUCUCAAUAAGAGGCCUUUAAAUUUUAAAGAACUGACAACAGAUAUGACUAACUUGAAUUUUGACGCAGUUUUGAAGAAGUGGCAGGAAGAAAAAGAUGCAGAGCUCAAGGAACUUCUAGAAAACCAUCCUUGUAUCAAAGAGUUAAGAGAAAUAUAUUUAAAACAGAAUGAGCAAUAUUUAUUUCAAAAUAGACUGAAAACAUUGAAAACUGGUGAAAAUUUUCACAGAUAUAUUGAUAAGAAAUCAAUGGUAAAGAUGUUUGUAAAACUCAGUAAAAAUGAAAGGGAACUACUGAUAUACGAUGUACCUAAGGACCCUAAUGAAAUGGAACUAAAAGAAUCCAUUAAUAUUGCAAAUAUAACGCACGUCGCUAUAGGAAAAAACUGCAAGCAUUCCAUCAUAUGCAGAUCUCCAGCACUCGCUUUCUCGAUUUUUAUAAAUCACUCCGAGAGUCAAGUGAAUUUUGCAGCACAAAGUAUUAAGAUAGCAUCUAUCUGGACCGAUGGAUUGAAUAUUAUAACAGAUAAAGGCCGAAGAAGUGACCUCUUCAGCGAAGAACUCGAAACAUUAGUAGAAAUGGACUUGAAACUUCAGCUUAUCGAGUUACAAAAUGUGUCCAUACCAAAAAAUCCCCCUCCAAUUCCACCUCUACCGAAGCCAGUAUUGCCCCCUAAACCAGAGAUAGUGACGAGGAGAGAGAGAUAUUCAAGAAGACCUCCACCGGAAGUGCCAAAACAGAAAAAUUAAUAAAAUUAUUUUUGAUGAAUGUAAUUUAGUUUUAGGUUUUUUUAUUAAUGCUGUUCGUUUUUUAAUUAAAAUAUAUUUAAAAAU